AUGUCCUUCGGCUGGAGCAGUGGCGAUAUCAUAGCAAGCCUCUCCUUCUCACGUGAAGUAUAUGAUGCCUUGACGAGCAGCACAGAAGAGUACCAGGACUUUAAGUCCUUCUUGAGGACUCUCGAUGCGAACCUGGACCUGAUACUAUCCUGGACGACACCCGACAAUGGCAAUGAAAACCCACGUUUCACGGCCGAUGAAGCAAAUAUAUUGAACGAAGUCAUCAUGAAUUUGCAGAAAUCCGUUCUACGGUUUGAAAGUGCGUUAAAGAAAUACAUGCGUCUCGAUCAAAAGCCAUCAUCAAUGCCAAUCAUUGACCAAAUGAAGCGUCAGGGAGACAAGCUGCGAUGGCAUUUUUUGACGGAGACUGACGUCAAAAAACGAAAGGAGGAGGUGAUGGGUUACUUGACGCAGUUGAAUACAGUUUCCCAUAAUCAUAAUAUGUAA